AACGCGUCAGUCACCACACGAUUCAAGAUUCAUUUUCUGGGUUCGCUCCAAGCAAAGCGCCGAUCUUUGCCAGAAAUUUUUGCGGGGAGAUCUGAACUUCUCGGUUCGUUACGAACGAGAACAAACGUUGGACGGAUUCAGAGCUGCCCCAUUUUUUCUGAGCACAUUGCAUGAACGCGUGCAGCGCGCAUGCAUUUAUCCCCCGCCCGUGUGCCGAUCUCUUCGCUUGUCGCUUCCCCGCACACACACAGACGUAAGCAAUGGUUGGGAGCAAACUUCAAGGCAAAGAAAUUAUCUUUCUAGCAUAUCAGAGUCUUGGCACGGCCUUUGCCGUCUUAAGCAUCUCGCCCAUUUAUGUGUAUAAAGUUACGUUUUCGGGCAAAUUGAGGGACUAUCAAACUGAAGAUGUGGUGUUCGGCGUGUGUUCGUUGAUUUUUUGGACAUUGACCUUAGUUUCGUUGUCCAAGUAUGUGAUCAUCAUGUUGACUGCAGAUGAUAAUGGUGAAGGAGGAACUUUUGCUUUAUAUUCUCUUCUAUGCAGACAUGCGAAAUUCGGUUUGCUUCCUAAUUAUCAAACAGCGGAUGAGGAGAUUUCUACAUAUUAUAGUCCGAACUACUCACUCAGGAGUACACCUUCUUCUAGGUUCAGAAGAUCUAUCGAGCGGCUUAAAAGAAGAAAGACUCUUUUACUUCUCUUGGUUUUGUUUGGUGCUUCCCUUGGGGUUACUUUUGGUGCUCUCACACCUGCAAUAUCAGUGUUAUCAUCAAUUGAAGGUGUGCAAACGCGAGUAACUUCCUUCAAUAAAAGGUCUGUGAUUGCUAUUGCUAGUGUUGUAUUAAUUGGCCUCUUCGUUUUGCAACACCGUGGAACAUACAGGGCGGCCUUUGUAUUUGCUCCAAUAAUGAUUCUCUGGUCACUAUCAAUUGCUGCCGUUGGCAUCUACAACAUCAUAGUCUGGAAUCCUAAUGUUUAUAAGGCUCUUUACCCUUACUAUAUCGUUGAGUUCUUCAGGCACACAGGAAUAGAUGGUUGGAUAUCUCUUGGAGGAGUACUUCUAUGUGUGACAGGAACGGAAGUCAUGUUUGCAGAACUUGGUUACUUCUCAGCUGCAUCAGUACGGAUUGCUUUCUUCUGUGUCACUUACCCUUGCCUGGUGCUUCAGUACCUGGGUCAGGCUGCAUUUCUGUCGAAGAACUUCACAGCAUUUCCUAGGAGCUUUUAUGCAUCUAUUCCAGAUCCCUUAUUCUGGCCAUUUUUCGCCAUGGCUGUUUUGGCUGCAAUUAUUGCCAGUGAGACUGUAAUAUCUGCCGCAUGCUCAUUGGUUAAACAAAGCCAUGCAUUGGGUUGUUUCCCUCGCGUCAAGAUCCUACACACAUCAAGGUGGAUCAAAGGACGGAUAUAUGUACCGGAGUUGAACUGGAUUCUAAUGAUACUCUGUUUGGCUGUGGCAGUUGGUUUCAGAGACACAAACCGCAUUGCAUAUGCUUUCGCAUUUGCAUGGAUUCUGAAGGCGUUUGUGACCACUUGGCUCAUGUCCCUCGUAAUUCACCUCGUGUGGCAUAAGAAUCUUGCGGUCACCAUCCCUUUCUUCUUGUUAUUCGGAUCGAUUGAGACCAUUUACUUCUCGUCUGCCUGUCUGAAGAUCCCAAAAGGGGCAUGGGUUCCUCUUUUUCUUUCUUUGCUGUUCACGUUCGUGAUGUAUAUAUGGCAUUACGCUACAAGGAAGAAGUAUAAGUUCGACCUGCAUAACAAAGUACCGAUGAAGUGGAUUCUCACUUUGGGCCCCACUCUCGGUGUUCUCAGGGUCCCCGGGAUCGGUCUCUUCUACACUGAACUGGCUACUGGGAUCCCAGCAACUUUUGCACAUUUUCUAUCCAACUUACCUGCAUUUUACCAGGUGGCUGUGUUCGUCUGUGUCAAAACUGUUUCCGUCCCACAUGUUCCCCACAAAGAGCGCUAUCUUAUCGGCCGGAUCGGCCCCAAGUCGUACGGAUUAUACCGCUGCAUUGUUCGGAACGGCUACAAGGAUGUUCACAGGAAGGAUGACGACCUGGAAAACGACCUCAUCAUGAGCAUAGCGGAGUUCAUUCAGCUCGAAUCAGAAGGUUGCGGGACCCUCGAUGGCUCUAUGGACGGCUGGAUGGCCGUUGUGCGAACAUCGGAGAAGUUCGGGACGAGAUUGGCAGUCUCGGAAUCAGAUGACCCCACCAUAGGCUAUAGCUCGAGCGUUUCAGAUUCGAUGGGCUGCAGCUGCAGCAAGUCUGCUGCCUUGAAGAAGCUGCAUUCCAUUUACGUCAAGGAAUCGUCCCACCUCACCUGCUAUCGGGGCCGCAUAUACCAUUUCGAGCUGCUCGAGACGAAGUUCAAGAACCCACAGGUCAAGGAAGAACUCUUGCAUCUCGUGGAAGCUCAGCAUGCUGGGGUGACUUACGUGAUGGGUCACUCCCAAGUUAAAGCUAAGUCGAACUCCUCGUUUCUGAAGAAGUUUGCAAUCAACGCGGUGUACUCUUUCUUGAGCGAGAACUGUCGAAGCCCGGCCGUGGCUUUGAACAUACCUCAGGUGUGCUUGAUUGAGGUGGGCAUGAAGUACCAUGUUGUCUAGUCUUGAUAUUUUUCUCUGGGGAUUUGAUUUAUGUUCUUUGGUCGUUUUUGGUUGCCACUCUUCCUAAAGGUUCUCUUGUAUUUAAAUUCUUUUGAACGCAAGAAUAAAAUUCCUUUUGAUC